AGCCCAGCUACCCCAAACCCAGCAUCUCCCUGAGACCCAACGGGAGCGUCUCGCUGGGGGGAGCCGUGACUGUCAAGUGUCAAGGACAGCACCGGGGCGUGCGGUUCAUGCUGAAUAAAGAGGGGCGUCAUUUCUCACCUGUGGAUUCGGACGGGUCUGAGGCUGUGUUUCCCAUCAGCAACGUGAGCCGGGAGCACGGCGGGAACUACAGCUGCUCCUAUCACAGCAGAUUGGAGCCGUUCACCGUGUCGUACCCCAGCGACCCCAUGGAGCUGGUGGCUGGAGACCUGAACCCGCCGCGACACAUGGACACUGCUGGGGAUGGGGCCAAGUUCCGCAUCCCCACCGUGGGCCGGCAGCACGGAGGGAGCUACAGCUGCAGCUACCGGAACCGAUCAGAGCCCUUCGUCUCCUCAGAGCCCAGUGACCCUGUGCAGCUGGUGGUAGCAGAUUUCACCAACAUCAACGUCGCCCGCCUGGGGCUGAGUGCUGCAGUCCUGCUCGUCCUGGGGCUGAUCCUGGCAGAGGCCUAUUACAGCCACCCAAGGGGGACCCCCUAG